AUGGCACAAUCUGCAAUGCUAUAUGCAGCUCCUGUAUGGGAAGAGGCGAUGACGGUGAAAAGUUAUAGAAGAUUGCUUGAAACUGUCCAGCGAAAGUGUGCAAUCAGGAUAUGCAUUGCAUGGCAAACUUCAGAGAAGGGAGCCUGGACUAGAAGACUCAUCCCAGAAAUGAAACCAUGGAUUAAUAGAAAUCACGGGGAAGUAACAUUCCAUUUGACACAAGCGCUUUCUGGACACGGAUGUUUUAGUAAAUAUCUUAACUUUAUCGCGAAGAAGGAAGACGAGAAGUGCUGGUAUUGCGAAGAUAAUGAUAGCCCAGAGCAUACGUUAUUCAGUUGCUGCAGGUGGGCUGCAAAGAAGCAUGUAACUGAAGCAAACCUCGGAGUUGUUCUAACUCCACAGAAUUUUGUCAGUAAACUGCUGAAAAGCAGCGACAAAUGGAACGUAAUUGCAAGGCAUGUACUCUAUACCAAGGAAGAAGAUCAGAGGAGAAUGGAGAGAGAAAAUGAAGAAAAUGGCAGUGGAAGCUAA